AUGGAUGACAGCUCAGGAGUCGUUGAUCGGAAAAAAUGUAGUGGCGUAGUUUUCCUAGAUUUGUCUAAAGCUUUUGACACUAUCAAUCAUGAUAUGCUAUUGAAGAAGCUGGAAGCGUACGGUGUACGAGGUCUUCCGAAUGACUUUAUCCGUAGCUACUUGUCGAACCGUCAACAACAAGUAGUAAUCCCUGGCGGUAAAAGCGACUUCCGUGAUGUCAGCUGUGGUGUCCCUCAAGGUAGCAACAUUGGACCUCUGUUCUUACUCGUCUAUGUGAACGAUAUUGCAGAACUCAAGUUGAACGGAACCUCUCGCUUGUUUGCUGACGACACAGCAAUUUCGUAUGCUGGAUCAACUGCAGGACAUGUGAUAUCCGAUAUAACACAAGAUCUACAACGAGUGGUUGCUUACUUGGAGAACAACCUGCUGGCUCUCAAUUUAAGUAAAACCAAAAUGAUGAUCUUCAGUACACUCAAGCAUGAAAGAUCAACGCAUCAACAGCUAGUAGUUAAUGAUAGGAAGGAACAUCUUUUCAGUUCGCCAUUCCGGGGGGAUGUUAAAGGCAUAAUCAAGCACUUUGUAGCAGCGGCUGCUAAAGAACUCAACGACAAACGAACCUACCAUUCGUCUGUUGGAAAGCUACAGGUAAACUUCCUUAUCUUCAGUUCCUGCGAACAAUCGUGUGUUCGGGCUUUAGCGGUUACCUACGGUUUAGCACCAUCGUCAUUUCUAGCCACCAGGACGUUAAAGCAGCUAGCAGACGAUGAAGGAGAAUCGUUUCCACUAGCCGCAGAAAAAUUAAAACACAGUUUUUAUAUGGAUGAUUUUAUUAGUGGAGCGUCGGACGUUAAAACUGCAUCCCAACUUUGUACACAAAUGGUCGAGUUGCUUAGUUUGGGCGGUUUCCGUUUGAGAAAAUGGUGCUGCAAUUUUCCCGAAGUUCUGGCUGACUUACCAUCCGAAUAUAUUAACACACAAUUUGCCAGAUCAUUCGACGCGGAGGAGGCUGUAAAGACACUGGGAAUCAGUUGGGAACCCACAUCUGAUGUACUCCGAUUUGAUUUAGGCACGCAUACAAUUGUAGAGCCGAUUACAAAACAAAGCAUUUUAUCCGUGAUAGCUCGUUUAUACGAUCCACUUGGAUUGAUAGCCCCGAUCGUGGUUCGAGCGAAGGUGCUGAUGCAGCAUUUGUGGACGUUAGCUAUAGACUGGGAUGAAGAGGUUCCAGUAGACGUCCAGUUUUCAUCAGUAUGGUUUUGGUCGGAUUCGAUGGUGGUACUUCAUUGGCUGCGUAUGUCACCACACACUUGCAAGACCUUUGUAGCAAAUAGAAUAGCAGAAAUUCAGGAGUUAACCCAUAAUGCGAAAUGGUUGCAUGUGCCUGGAAAAAAUAACCCAGCGGAUUUAGUAUCCCGUGGUUUGUCAGUAGGAGAAUUAGUGAACAGCAAACUUUGGAAAUAUGGACCUGAAUGGUUGCAUGAGGGGGAGGGACAUUGGCCCAAGCAAGAAUUGGAAGCCUUCACCACACCACCAGAUGAAAUUCCUGAACGAAAAGCCGCUAUCUUUGUUAUUCAAACAGUAGUUUCAAGCGACACAUUGAUAAACCGUUUUUCCUCCUUUCAUCGUAUGAUACGAGUCAUUGCAUAUUGCUUACGCUUUGUCCGCAGGUGCAAAGGUGGAAAUUUAGCAGACUCCGUUGUACUUUCCGUUGAUGAACCUAAUGUUGCCAAAACCACUUUGAUAAAAUUAGUACAAAGAGAAGCCUUUGGGGAUGAAAUCAAGCAAUUGGCAGCAGGUAAACAAUUGUUUAAAAGGUCCAGCCUCAGACUUCUAAACCCAUUUUUGGAUAUGGCUGGUGUGAUACGAGUUGGUGGCCGGCUCAGACUUUCGGAUGAAGGAUACGUUUGUAAGCACCUAAUACUACUACCUGGAUUUCAUUACUUUACUCGUUUACUAUUGAUGUCAAUCCAUUUGAAAACCUUACAUGGGGGAGUUUCGCUCACACUUGCAGUCACUCGUAAUGAAUUUUGGCCUACUAAUGGUAGGCGAGCAGUGCGUAACACGAUUCAUAAAUGCUAUCGCUGCAUUCGUGCGAAUCCUCAACCGAUAAAACAAUCUAAAGGGCAAUUGCCACAUGCCCGUGUCAGUCCUAGUCGCCCAUUUUCCAUCACUAGAAUCGAUUAUUGCGGACCAGUUUUUGUUAAAACUCCGGGUCGGAAAGCAUCCCCGAUUAAAGCUUAUACAGCAAUAUUCGUGUGUUUUAGCACUAAGGCUGUGCAUAUCGAGUUAGUGGGUGAUUUAAGCACAGCAUCCUUCAUGUACGCACUUAGACGCUUCAUUGCCAGACGUGGCUGCCCGCAACAGAUUUUUUCGGACAAUGGUACAAAUUUCGCCGGUGCUAAAAAUGAACUGCAUGGCCUGUAUCGAAUGCUCAAGAACCGUACCGAAAAUAACCGUAUCGCAAAUAGUCUCGCAACGGGGGGAAUCACUUGGCAUACUAUACCACCACGUGCGCCAAACUUUGGCGGCCUAUGGGAGGCUGCUGUGAAGGUGGCGAAAACGCAUCUCCGUAGUCAACUGGGAUAUACAACACUAUACUAUGAGGAUUUGGUGACGAUAUUAACCCAAAUUGAGGGCUGUAUGAACUCUCGGCCACUAGCCCCUUUGUCUGAAGAUCCCAAUGACAUGGAAGUUAUUACACCGAGUCACUUUCUUAUCGGUUCAUCUUUACUAAACCGCUUUCAGUUCGUGCAACAAAGAGUGCAACAAUUUUGUUGCCGCUGGAGAAGCGAAUACCUGAAGGAGCUUCAGCGACAAUCCUACAUAAAUCCGGAAAAGGUUAACCUCAAGGUUAGUCAACUGGUGAUUCUGAAGGAUCAACUUAUGCCACCCACUCAAUGGCCAUUGGCGCGUAUUGAAGCGCUUUAUCCUGGGCGAGAUAAUAUUUCUCGAGUUGUACUGCUGAGAACAUCAUCUGGAAUAUUUAAAAGAUCAUCGUGCAAGGUGUGUCCGUUACCUUGUGCAUUCGACGAGUAUGACGAAACCAGCGCAACCCCCAACCAUGCUGGAGACGUCGCGGAUUCUUCGGAGCAAGCAGUUUAUAAUUAG